AGAUUGGGUUCCACAGCUUCAAGCCCACAUUCCUGUUGCUUCCUUUGGUAAAGUUCACUAUAAUACUGAUUGGGAUAUUUUUCCUGAAUGUGGCGCUUUAGAGAGAAAUACCGUGCAACAUUACGAAGAUUUUAUUGCAAAGAAUUGUAUUAUCGAAAAAUACCCUUUUUAUCUCUCCAUUGAAAAUUCACAAGAUCAAGAUUAUUCUACUGAAAAACUUUGGGAUGCUUUUAAGUUAGGAGUAGUGCCUAUUAUAUGGGUGCACCUAAUACUCGCUCCCAUUUUUAUUGAAGAUUUCCCCAAUGUCGAAGAUCUUGCGAAUCAUUUAAAAUACUUGGUUGAAAAUAAGACAGCUUAUUUAGAAUAUCAUCAAUGGCGAACCAUGACGAAAUGGUCAGAAGGAUUUGAGAGGAAG